AUGAGUCAAGGCCAGGUCCCCCAGAGCCGGAGACAGUCCGGAGACGGCACCCUCCAGCGGAUGCAAGGAAACACAUACCACAACCUGAAACACGUGGUGGGAAGCAGCCCAGGACAUGCAGGGACCCUGCCCCUUGACCGUUCUCGAGGGCAUCAUCACUCCCGGCAGAGUGGACUUCUCACCUCGUGUUCCUACCACAACCUCUCCCACCUCCCGCCCACGUACGAGACCGUUGUUCGGCAGGAUGUCAACAGAUACUCCUCCCUCCGCAGGCUUGCCCGAGACGUUGAGGAUUGCUGCCAACACCGUCACCUCCCCGAGACCCCCGGACGGGGCACCCUCCCCCUGCGGCGCACACCCCGUAACCACCCCUGCUCCAGUGCCUUACCGCCGUCACCCUCCCCAUGCCCGAGACGGGCCAUCUCCCAGGACCGCCUGCUGUCCGAGCCGGGACACCCAGCCGCCUCCUCCUUCCCCCCUCUCCCCCCUCCGAGGCCACGCUCCUCCCGCUCCCGCGAGCGGCUUUGCCCCUCUAAGGCCCUCUCCUACGGGAACGUCUCGUCGCCCUCCCGUCCCUGGAUCGAGCGCCACCAGAUCGUCAAGAUGAACUCCCACCCCUCGGCCGGCUCUCCCCGAGGGGGGGCUGGAGGAGGGGCAGGGGCAGGGGUGGGCACUCUGCCCAGUGCCGAGCGUCGCCAAGCCUUUGCUGCCAAGAGGCACAGUACCGUGGACCAACUCCAGCCCUUGCCAGGGCACCCGGGGACCCAGAUCCGCUCAGGCUCCAAGGCGGAGGUCACCGUCUGA